AUGAUAGAGCUGCUGCUUUCCAAUUCUAGCUAUUUUGUUAGAAAGGCUCUGAAAAUAAACGAGAAGAACACAACGGGAUUCACAGCCUUGGAUGUCUUAAUGGAAACAAAGAUUGAAACACUGUGUAAUGGAACCAGGGCUGAUGAAUCUCCAACAGAACCCAGCCGGGAGGAGAUAAUAGUUUUCACCGAUAACGCCCAAGGAGAUCAAAAUCAAACAGAUGUAUACAAAAUGGAAAAGAUCCUUAAACAUGCAGGUGCUAAGAGGAGUCAAAUAACUUGUUGUAUACCACCACACAGUGAAGCUUCUAAAACAAAAAUGGUGUUAAGUUGUGGAGUUAAAUGGUUACUUAAGGUUCCCAAUUUCCUAAGUUUCAAGGUUGAUAAAGACACUUCAAGCGACGUUCGCAAUGCUUUGUUAGUGAUUUUUGUUCUCAUCGUCGCGGUGACAUACCAAACUGGAGUUAACCCUCCAGGAGGUCUUUGGCAAGAUAAUGAAUCCAUCACCAGCAACGACAGCACCAACAGCACCAAAUUAAAGGAUAAGACUGCAGGAACACCAGUUUGGUUUGAUCAGAACCCAAACUCUUUCCAAGUUCUAAUGCUCUGUAACUAUGCAGGGUUUCUUGUAUCUCUUGUCAUGGUUUUCAAUCUUACAGAAGGAUACCCUUUACGCGGUCCAAUUCUGCUAGCCUUACUCUUUAUGUUGCUUACUUAUGGAUUAUCGAUUCGUCUACUGUUUCUGGGUUCAGGUACUCUUGCUCUGUUGUUCCAUGGCAUGAUAUUGACUGUUCCAUUGCCUGUUGCAUUAGUCCUUUUGGUUGCUACAGCAAAUUGGAUAUGGGAGAUUAAGUAG